GACUCGCAUUCUCUUUUCGUAUUCCCAUUCCUGCUAUCCCUGCCCAUCCGUAGCAGCGCUGAGGUCUCUCUUCCGAGCAUUCUCUCCCAGCUGUCCCACUGGAGAAUGUAAACCAUCCCCUUGCGCACGCGCGCUCUGCAGCGGAAGCCAUGUUAAAGUUACAGUGAAGUUAGGGCUGUGAUUUUUUGACGCUGUAUAUUUGUUUGUUUCUACCUGCUUAUAAACUAAGUACUCGGUGUGUCUUAACGUAAAUAUCGGAAUCAGAAACGGGAGUUCAAAUGAUGAAUUCCAGUUUCGACCUGUCCAGGAGGAAUCCACAGGAAGAUUUCGAGCUGAUCCAAAGGAUAGGAAGCGGCACCUAUGGAGAUGUCUACAAGGCUCGCAAUGUCAACACUGGGGAGCUGGCAGCCAUUAAAGUCAUUAAGCUGGAACCUGGGGAAGACUUUGCAGUUGUGCAGCAAGAGAUUGUGAUGAUGAAGGACUGUAAACAUUCAAACAUUGUGGCAUAUUUUGGCAGCUACCUUAGGAGAGAUAAAUUAUGGAUUUCUAUGGAGUAUUGUGGAGGAGGAUCACUGCAGGACAUUUAUCAUGUAACUGGACCUUUGUCAGAAUCACAAAUAGCAUAUGUUUCACGGGAAACACUACAGGGUUUGAACUAUCUUCAUAGUAAAGGAAAAAUGCACAGAGACAUUAAGGGAGCAAAUAUUCUUUUAACAGACAAUGGUUAUGUGAAACUAGCUGACUUUGGAGUAUCUGCACAGAUAACAGCCACGUUGGCCAAAAGGAAAUCCUUCAUCGGCACGCCAUACUGGAUGGCACCAGAAGUAGCUGCUGUGGAGAGGAAGGGCGGGUACAACCAGUUAUGUGACAUCUGGGCAGUCGGGAUAACUGCUAUCGAGCUGGCAGAACUUCAACCCCCGAUGUUUGACUUGCAUCCAAUGAGGGCGUUAUUCCUGAUGACGAAAAGCAACUUUCAGCCACCUAAACUGAAAGACAAAAUUAAAUGGACAAACAAUUGUCACCAUUUUGUUAAAAUGGCCCUGAUAAAAAAUCCUAAGAAAAGGCCAACAGCUGAAAAACUGCUACAGCAUCCUUUUGUAACACAGCCUUUGAGUCGAACACUUGCCAUUGAGCUGCUGGAUAAAGCAAACAAUCCAGACCACAAUACUUUCCACGACUUUGAUGAUGAUGAUCCAGAGCCUCCUGUUGGUGUACCUCACAGAAUUCACUCAACAAGUAGAAACGCGAGGGAAGAGAAGACACGCUCUGAGAUAAACUUUGGACAGGUUAAAUUUGAUCCCCCUUUGAGAAAGGAAACUGAGCCACACCAUGAACUCCCCGACAGUGACGAUUUUUUGGACUGUUCAGAAGAAAUAUACUACACUGCAAGAUCUAAUCUGGAUCUUCAGUUAGAAUAUGGACAAGGGCCCUUUGGAGGAAAUAAGAGCCUUCUGAAAUCAGUGGAAGAGGAACUUCACCAGCGGGGACAUGUGGCACAUUUAGAGGAUGAUGAUGAUGAUGAAACUCAACACCCCACUAUCUCAACUUUGAAACCGAAAGUUCCACCACCACUGCCACCGAAGCCCAAAUCUAUCUACAUCCCCCAUGAGAGUCAUCAUCCUGUUGAGGAAGACAACCAGGGAACCAUUAAGCGAUGCCCUGCUUCAGAGAGCCCUGCCAGGCCAGCUUCCCAUUGUCCUCCCAGGCCCCCUCCUCCCAGGCUCCCCCCACACAAACUCAGCAGCCUAGGCAAUGGAGUGAAUGCAUCACAAAUAAAUGGAGAACAAGAAGGCUGUCCCCAACAGCCAGGUGCAAAACAAGCUACAAUGCCUCCUGCUGUCCCUUUAAGGAAAGACAAGAAGGAGUUACCGAAACCACUGAGUAAUGGUCUGCCACCAACUCCAAAAGUGCAUAUGGGCGCGUGUUUCUCUAAGGUAUUCAAUGGGUGUCCAUUAAAAGUCCAUUGUGCUACAUCAUGGAUAAAUCCAGACACCAGAGACCAGUAUUUGAUAUUUGGUGCAGAAGAAGGCAUUUACACCUUAAACUUAAAUGAGCUUCAUGAGACUUCCAUGGAACAGCUUUUUCCACGAAGGUGUACAUGGCUCUAUGUAAUGAAUAAUUGUUUACUUUCAAUAUCUGGGAAAGCUUCCCAGCUUUACUCUCAUAAUUUAAUAGGUCUUUUUGAAUAUGCUCGGCAGAUGCAGAAAUUGCCUGUUGCCAUUCCUACACACAAGCUUCCAGACCGAAUUCUUCCCAGGAAGUUUGCAGUAUCCACAAAAAUUCCAGACACAAAGGGUUGCCAAAAGUGUUGUGUGGUGAGGAAUCCUUACACAGGACACAAAUACCUUUGUGGAGCUUUUCAGUCCAGUAUUGUUUUAUUGGAGUGGGUUGAACCAAUGCAGAAGUUUAUGCUGAUCAAGAACAUAGAUUUCCCCUUGCCUUGUCCACUUGAGGUCUUUGAAAUGCUGGUUGUUCCUGAGCAAGAGUACCCGUUUAUCUGCGUUGCUGUCAGUAAAGGAACAGAGUUCGACCAGGUGGUACGGUUUGAGAACAUCAACCCCGCCUCUACCUCCUCAUGGUUUACAGAAACAGAUACACCACAAUCUUGUGUAAUUCAUGUCACCCAGCUGGAGAGAGACACAAUAUUAGUCUGCCUUGAUCGGUGUAUAAAAAUAGUGAAUUUACAAGGAAGGUUAAAAUCCAGCAGAAAGCUGUCCGCAGAGCUAACGUUUAAUUUCCAAAUUGAGGCAAUAGUUUGCCUCCAGGACAGUGUAUUGGCAUUUUGGAAGCAUGGUAUGCAAGGAAGAAGCUUCAAGUCAAGCGAGAUCACCCAGGAGAUUUCUGAUAAUACAAGAAUCUUCAAGCUCUUAGGUUCUGACAGAGUGGUGGUGUUGGAAAGCAGGCCUACCGACAACCCUGCAGCCAACAGCAAUCUGUAUAUCUUGGCAGGACAUGAAAACAGUUACUGAUUCCUUUUGCAUGGCAAGAAGCAAUGAACGUCAAAUAGAAUGGAGUCAGACAGACACUACUGCUUCAGCAUCUAUGAAUGCUUGGAAUUUUACUACAGCUGCGUUUUUCAGGUUGCUUUGGAUUCCGUUUUUAUAUUUAUUGUGGCAUGUAAGAAAGAAGCAGAGGACAUUUUAAUUAAGUGUUGCCACCACUUCUAGUAUCUUCCGUUUACCACACAAGUGCUUAAUUUGCUUAUAUGUAAUCUUUGUACAUAAGUAGUAUUUUUUGGAACAAGUUACUUCAUGUGAUUGAAGUUGUACACUAAGACUUAAUGUAGAUAGUACUGCAUACUUGUUGUACAGGUGUCCUAACUACAGAUGUAAAGGAGUGAGUGAUGCAAAUAGUAAAUGGGGUACUACUUUAAGGGCUUGUCGGGGGUUCACUUUGGGUACAGCUUUAAAGUAUUCAGCAGUAAAGAAUAGCAAUGUGCCUAUCGUACUAACACUGAUGUAUUUAUCAUGUGAUCUAGUGCUUCAAAUACAAAUCUUUUAACCAUGUAUGUUUUAUUCCAAGCCAUUAUUUAAUUGCUUGUGUUUUUAAUGCUGCGGCAUAUACACUGGUGUUUUAAAUUUGCACAAAAGUGUAUAUAUAUAUAUAUAUAUAUAUAUAUAUAUAUAUAUAUAUAUAUAUAUAUAUAUACAGACACAGUGGCUCUCAAAAGUAUUCACCCCCCUUGGACUUUUGCACAUUUUAUUGUGUUACAACAUGGAAUCAAAAUUGAUUUAAUUAGGAGUUUUUGCCACUGAUCAACACAAAAAAAGUCCACAAUGUCAAAGUGAAAAAUAAAAUCUACAAAUUGUUCUAAAUUAAUUACAAAUACAAAACAGAAAAUAAUUGAUUGAUUAAGUAUUCACCCCCUUGAGUUAAUAUUUGGUAGAGGCACCUUUGGCAGCAAUUACAGCCAUGAGUCUAUUUGGAAAAGUCUCUACCAGCUUUCCACAUCUGGACACUGCAGUUUUUGCCCAUUCUUCUUUGCAAAAUUGCUCAAGCUCUGUCAAGUUGGAUGGUGACCUUUGGUGAACCAGCAAUUUUCAGCUCUUUCCAUAUAUUCUCAAUUGGAUUGAGGUACAGGCUUUGACUGGGCCACUCCAGGACAUUGACCUUUUUUUUUUUUUUUAAGCCACUCCAGUGUGGCUUUGGCUGUAUGUUUGGGGUCAUUGUCCUGCUGGAAGAUGAAUCUUCUCCCAAGUCCCAGGUCUCUUUGCAGACUUCAGCAGGUUUUCCUCCAGGAUUUCUCUGUACUUUGCUGCAUCCAUUUUGCCCUCUAUUUUCACGAGCUUUCCUGGCCCUGACGCAGAGAAGCAUCCUCAUAGCAUGAUGCUGCCACCACCAUGCUUCAUGAUAGGGAUGGUGUUCUCAGGAUGAUGUGCGGUGUUAGGCUUGCGCCAAACAUAGCGCUUAGCGUUGAGGCCAAAAAGCUCUAUUUUGGUCUCAUCAGACCUUAGAAUCUUCUUCCACUUGGUCUCAGAGUCUCCCACAUGCCUUCUGGCAAACUCUAGCCGAGAUUUGAUGUGAGUUUUUUUCAACAAUGGCUUUCUUUUUGCCACUCUCCCAUAAAGGCCAGUUUUGUGAAGUACCCUGGCUAUUGUUGCCGUAUGCACAGUGUCUCCCAGCUCAGUCGUGGAAGACUGUAACUCCUUUAGAGUUGCCAUAGGCCUCUUGGUGGCCUCCUUGACUAGUGCCCUUCUCGCCCAGAUACUCAGUUUUUGAGGACGGCCUGUUCUAGACAGAUUCACAGUUGUGCCAUAUUCUCUCCAUUUCUUAAUAAUGGACUUUACUGUGCUCCGGGGGAUAUUCAAUGCCUUGGAAAUGUUCUUAUAUCCUACCCCUGAUUGGUGCUUUUUUAUUCCGGAUUUGCUUUGAAUGUUCCUUUGUCUUCAUGAUGUAGUUUUUGUUAGGAAAUGUACUAACCAACUGUGGGAACUCCCAGAGACAGGUGUAUUUAACCUGAAAUCAUGUGAAACACCUUAAUUGCACACAGGUGGACUCCAUUCAACUAAUUAUGUGACUUCUAAAGACAACUGGUUGCACCAGAGUUUAUUUAGGUGUGUCAUAGCAAAGGGGGUGAAUACUUAUGCAAUCAAUUAUUUUCUGUUUUAUAUUUGUAAUUAAUUUAGAACAAUUUGUAGAUUUUAUUUUUCACUUUGACAUUAUGGACUUUUUUUUGUGUUGACCAGUGGCAAAAACUCCUAAUUAAAUCCAUUUUGAUUCCAUGUUGUAACACAAUAAAAUGUGGAAAAGUCCAAGGGGGGUGAAUUAUAUAUAUAUAUAUAUAUAUAUAUAUAUAUAUAUAUAUAUAUAUAUAUAUAUAAAUAAAAUAAAUAAAUAAUUUACUCAUGUAGGCAAGCUGUGACUGGGGAUUGCAUUUAUAGUUUUAGACUAGAAAAAUAAUGGUCUUCAGACUGUUGAAAGAGAGGAGCAAACCAGUUUGACUUAGAAACUGACAUGAAUCAAUGUUUGAAACUUAAACAUUUCAUUUUUAUUUUUUUCCAGUAGAUUUUAGAAAGGUUUGUCAAAUUGCCCUGUGACGUGAACUGUACAGCGGGCAUCCAGUGAUACUGUUCUAUAACUUUUGUCGUCUUAAUUGUGCAGAACAUGUUUAUGUAAUACUUCACAAAGCAUUUCAGAAUAUUUUGACUUACAGACCACUCUUAAAGGAGAAACCAACAUUCCUUACUUUUGGUUGUAGCUUAAAGUUUUGAGCUUAUCUGAUGUAUGUUUUAAAAUGGUAUGCCAAAAUGUUUUUUUCAAUUAAAGAUACAGUCAACUAAUGGCUAAAUGUUAUUGGGUGUUUCUACCUCGUACAAAGCUGUAUGAAAUACUACGCAUCAAGGGAGCAUCUGGUGGUGGAUUGAUUUAAUGUUUUCUACUUGGUAGUAAAAUGCACACUAAGGUGUUUUUUUUAUUAUUAUUAUUAUUGUAUCCAAUAUCCACAGCCUAAAGGUGGAUCUAGUAAUUAUGAACAAACUUUUUUUCUUGUCUGCAACAUUAACAUAGUAACACUAUCAUAUGAAUUGCAUUAUGUAUAUACUGUAAAAUAAAAUCCAUUGGUUUUACA